GUCUCUGUCAGAGUGACACAUUUCUCUCACUCCUCUGUAAUAUCGAACAGAGAUGCUAUCUUUGUGUCCACCAGCCUGUCUGCAGAGUAGACAGUGACAAUCCAAUUGCAACUCGCAGGAGAAGAAAACCUUCCUUGGUAUCGACUCCUAUCAAACACUGGUGUUUGAUAGCAACCAGUUAGGAGGACACGAUGAGAGCAGAGGUCCUGUUGAUGGUGAUGUGCUUUAUUAAUGGAAAUGAGACGGGAUGCUUGGUUCUGACAACUAUUACAGUGUCAAAGCUUAGGAAAGUGAGCAUCUCCUGUCCAUCUGUGGUGACCAACAGCUCAGAGCGCAAGUACCUGCUCUUAUUCAAUGAUACCUGUAUCAACCAAAUAACUACGAAUAAGGAGCUGAACUAUCCAGAGAAUUUCUCCGGUCACUUUGAAGUCACAGCCAACAACAGUGGUGUGUACGUGUGCAAGGUCGAGCUGGUUUAUCCUCCACCACACAAAGAGGAAUGUCACACCACUGUACUCAAAGUGGCAGACAAGCCAGAAAUGAAUGAAACUGUUGCAGCAGCCAAUCAGAGCUGUCCAGUCAGGACCCCAUUCAUCCCUGAUGUGGUGAUGUGGGCGGGAUGUGUGGUUCUAUUGGUCUACAGCCUGUUGUUCACCUGCAUUACCAUUGUUUUAUGGAGGAAGCUGAAGAGGGAUGACGACGAUACAAACGUGUAUAUCAACACCAGACCCGGAGAUGUCAGGAAACCCUACAAAGUUUAAAACCUUGUGGAUGCAGGAUUUUGUCUGUGAAAUAAGGAACUUUCGGAGUGGAAAUGGAGUGGAGGUCUGGAAAAGGAACAUGAACAUCAAUAUCCAUCCAUCUAUUUUCUUACCUGCCUAUUCUGUUUCGUGUCAGCUGUCACAGCUCAGUUGCCCUGAAAACAGUCUAUCAAAGGGCUGAUUCACAUAGACAGCAGUAUUUCCAGGGUUGCAAACUGAAACAGCUGAGACAGUUACAGAAAACAGAACCUCAUUGUUAACUAGAUAUUUUUUGAUGUGGCUCUUGGGAGCAAUUUUUCACAAGCAGACCUCUUAUUGUUUGACUUUUAGUGAGUUUUUCUAGAGCCACUUGCUCUGUAUGUUAUGGAGCCCCUAAAGGGACAUGGGAAAAAAAAAAAAAGAAACGUUUCUAGUGCGCACUAGAUACUAUCUUGUGAGCACUAGAUACUAUCUUGUACUAUCUAGUACUAUCUAGUGCGCACUAGACACUAUCACUAGAUACUAUCUUGUGCGCACUAGAUACUAUCUAGUGCGCACUAGAUAGUGCUAGUGCUCAUUAGAUACUAUCUACUAUCUAGUGAGCACUAGAUAGUAUCUAGUGAUAGUAUCUAGUGAGCACUAGAUACUAUCUUGUGCGCACUAGAUACUAUCUAGUACUAUCUAGUGCGCACUAGAUACUAUCACUAGAUACUAUCUAGUGCACACUAGAUAGUGCUAGUGCUUAUUAGAUACUAUCUACUAUCUUGUGCGCACUAGAUACUAUCUUGUGCCCACUAGAUACUAUCAGUGUUGUGGCGAAUCAACACAUGGCUAAUUUUAAUAUUCAAAUGAGUAUUAAACUAAUUUGUCUGUAACUAAAAAAUAAAUGUAAAUUAAUCUGUAACCGCUUUUGUUACAGUCCACAUUUAAAUGCCCUGUCCUGCAGCCGGACACUCAUUUGUCCUCCUUUUGAGAAAAUAACAAAAACAGUCCGCCUUUCGACACAUUACCUUAUUAGUUUAAUACUUAUUGGCUUAAAAUGUGUGUCAAAAUAAGUAAUUUCAUUGGUCAAAUUUUCCUGUUGUGACCUAUCAACACAUGGCUCACUUUAAUAUUCAAAUGAGCCAUGUGUUGAUUCGCCACAACACUCCAUCCAUAUCUAGUGUGCACUAGAUACUAUCUAGUGCGCACUAGAAACAUUUCUUUUUUUUUUUUUUUCCAUGUCCCUUUAGGGGCUCCGUAGUAUGUAAAUGUUGUAAAUGUUAAUAUUAUAUGCUGUUUUAUUUAGGUAUUUUAUGAACACACUGUAAAACCCUAUAAGUUAGUUGAACUCAAACUGUUCAACUAAACAAUUUAAGUUUAUAAAAUAUUUGUAAGUAACUCAAGUGUUUAUUGUUAAGGUAACUUAGGUAACUUAAUUGUACCAAUUUUUUUCAGUUAACUGAACUUAAAACAAGUAGGUAUAUUACACUGAUAUGCAGCAUUUCUCCAAACUUAUUUAAAACGUGUAUUUGAAUAAAGUAAGUUAAUGAAUCUUCUUUAUAUAAAUGUUACCACAUAAGUUGAAUUUACUCAGUUUUCUUUCACUAAAGCAAACUACUGACGUACAAUGAAAACAAUUUACAAUUAAUCAAUUAUCAAAAUGGUAGCAAAUUAAUCUUGGGGCUUACAUUUUUGUAAUGAUAUAUUGUCAACUUAAAGAAAUUAGUCAAUGGAACAAACUGGAAUACUGCUCAAAUUUAAGUGCACUCAAAGCAACUUAGUUGGUUUAACAAUCCAUUUUUGAGUUGGGUUUAAUUCACAGGAAUGAGUGACUCAAAAUGUUUAAGAGGAUUAACUUAUGUUAGCUUACUACUAAAUAUAUAUUGUUAGGCUUUACAGUGCAGGAUUGGGAGGGUUGGGGCGGCUGUGGCUCAGAGGUAGAGAGGGUCGUCCUCUAAUCAGAAGGUUGUUGAUUAAAUUCCUGGCUCCUCCCAGCUGCAUGUCAAAGAAUCCUUGAGUGGUUGGAAGACUAGAAAGGAGUUAUACAAAUACAGGUCCAUUUACCAUUACCAAUUACCAUUUGGGAACCAAGUUGGGAACCACUGUGUAAGAAAAUGUAGUCAGUAACCUAAUCCAAGUAUCAAAAUAUGAAAGUAAUUUAACCUUUCCAUUACUCUUGGCAAUAAAAACAAGAGAAAAGAAACAUCAAUAAAAAGUACUGAUCUAAGUUUAUUAUACAAGACAACAGAACAGAACCUUAGAAAGUAAAAUGGAAACCAAGAGCAUAGCAGAGCUGCUCAGUGUAUUUUUAUUUUUAAGAAAAACUGAUGUAUUUUAAAAUUGUAAAAUGAAUUACAGUUACCUUUUUUUCUGUUCUGAUUAUGUAACUCAGUUAUAUGUAAUCCAUUACUUCCCAAUUAUGUAUAGAGCUCCUGGGAUAUAACUGUAUAUUGUAUGUACUGCACAUUGUAUUAUACAUAUUUUAGAGAACUAUACUAUAAAAAACAUUUAAAAUUGAAUAAUAAAGAUAUAAACAUG